UAGAGAAAGAGUCAAUAGUGCAAGCAGCCAUGGAUGCAGCUCCUCUUCACAUAGCCAUGUAUCCAUGGUUUGCUAUGGGACACCUAACCCCAUAUCUCCACCUCUCAAACAAGUUAGCAAAGAGAGGACACAAAAUCUCAUUCUUCAUCCCCAAAAGAACACAGACCAAAUUACAACACCUAAACCUUCACCCACAUCUCAUCACCUUUGUACCCAUCACUCUUCCUCUCGUUGAUGGCCUCCCUCAUGAUGCUGAAACCACUUCAGAUGUGUCCUCAUUCUCUUUAUUCACACUUAUUGCUACAGCCAUGGAUCGCACAGAGAAGGACAUCGAACUUCUCCUCAAGGAGCUAAAGCCACAAAUUGUUUUCUUUGAUUUUCAAUAUUGGCUACCCAACUUGACUCGAAGACUGGGUAUCAAGAGUGUCCAAUACUUGAUAGUAAAUUCAGCAACAGUAGCUUACCUCGGAAAAGGAUCAAGACAGAUCCAAGGAAGAGAAUUAACUGAAGCUGAUCUCAUUAAACCGCCUCCACGGUUCCCUGAUUCAUGCAUCAAGCUUCAUGCACAUGAACUUCGAUUCCUAACUGUCACAAGGAAACUGGUGUUUGGCAGUGGUGUUUUCUUUUAUGAUCGCUUCUUCAUGGGUGCAAGUUCAUCAGAUGCAAUUGGGUUCAAAGGUUGCAGAGAAAUUGAUGGGCCAUAUGUGGAUUAUAUUGAAAUGGUACAUGGGAAGCCUGUUCUGCUUUCAGGGCCUUUAUUACCAGAGACAACCAAUACUUCUUUAGAAGAAAAAUGGGUUGCAUUGCUUGGAAGAUUCAAGGCUGGUUCUGUGGUUUACUGUGCAUAUGGAAGUGAAAGCCCAUUACAGCAAAAUCAAUUCCAAGAGUUGUUGCUUGGUAUUGAGCUAUCAGGUUUUCCAUUUCUUGCAGCACUUAAGCCCCCUAGUGGAUUUGAAUCUCUUGAAGAAGCUUUGCCUGAAGGAUUCAAAGAAAAGGUUCAAGAAAGAGGGAUUGCAUAUGGAGGAUGGGUCCCACAACAAUUGAUUUUAGGACACCCUUCUAUUGGGUGCUUCAUAACACACUGUGGAGCAGCUUCUAUAACAGAAGCACUUGUGAAUCAGUGUCAGUUGGUGUUGUUACCAAGAGUAGGGUCUGAUCAUAUCAUGAAUGCUAGAAUGAUGAGUACAAAGUUGAAGGUUGGGGUCGAAGUUGAGAAAGGUGAAGAAGAUGGUUUGUUCACAAAAGAAAGUGUUUGCAAAGCUGUGAAAAUUGUGAUGGAUGACGAGAAUGAGCUUGGAGCACAAGUUAGAGAAAAUCAUACCAAGAUAAGGAACCUGUUACUAAGCAAAAAUUUGGAGUCCUCAUGUCUUGAUACUUUUUGUCAAAAGCUUCAAGAAUUACUGUAA